AUGUGGUCCAGAUGUCUGAAAUCACCGCUACCUGAAUACGACUACAUCAUAGUAGGUGCAGGAUCAGCCGGCUGUGUUCUAGCAGCCAGACUGACUGAGGACCCCAACGUCACCGUGCUUCUGAUAGAAGCUGGCAGACCAGAGAACUUCUUCACCGAUGUACCGUCUAUAGCACCGUUCUUCCAAAUCACUGAAUAUGCCUGGCCUUAUUAUAUGGAACCGCAACCUGGAGUUUGUUUAGGCUUAGUGAACAAAAGAUGUUACUGGCCGAGAGGCCGGGCUGUGGGAGGUACUAGUGUCAUCAACUAUAUGAUCUACACGAGAGGACGACCUGAGGAAUGGGACAGAAUCGCAGACGCUGGCAACUAUGGCUGGUCGUAUGAAGAAGUCCUCAAAUACUACAUGAAAUCGGAAACUGCUAAUUUGAGAGGUUACGAAAACUCGCCAUACCGAGGAAGAAACGGCGAAAUGGACAUUCAAUUUGUAAACUUCAAGACACCACUAAUAGAAGCUUUCUUAGAAGCAGGAAGAAUGCUUGGUAGCCCUACUAUCGACUACAAUUCUCCUGAUCAACUAGGAUUUGGAUAUGUCCAAACAAAUAUACGAAACGGCAGAAGACUAAGUGCAGCUAAAGCAUUUCUACGGCCUAACAAGGGUAGGCCGAACUUACACAUACUUCAUUCAACAGUUGUUACAAAAGUACUUAUUAAUGAAAACACACGAACUGCUUCUGGAGUGGAGUAUAACAGAAACCGAUUGAGGAACGUUGUGAGAGCGAGGAGGGAAGUAAUCUUAUCUGCUGGUCCGAUAGCUUCACCUCAGUUACUCAUGUUAUCAGGUAUAGGACCAAAGGAACAUCUGAAAAGCCACGGGAUUCCCACUAUUCGUAACUUGCCUGUGGGUAGAACACUCUAUGAUCACAUAACGUAUGCGGGGCUGAUUUUCCCUAUUAAUGUUACCAAUGUGGGUUUAAAUGAAAAUAAAGAUGGUAAUAUCCCAAAUUUUCUAGAAUGGCUGCAAUCCGGUGACAAUGUUGUGGCAACUCCUGGCGGCGUAGAAGGCAUUGGAUAUAUCAAAACACAUUUAUCAAAUACUCAGGAUAGAAUACCCGACAUAGAAUUGAUAAGUCUUGGAGGUUCAAUUACAGCAGAUGGCGGAGCAACAGGCAGCAAAGCACUUCGUCGAGGAAUGAUGAUUGCCCAAGAUACUUUCGAUAGAGCGUUUGGUCCUAUAGAUAAUUUGGAGGCAUGGAGUGUAUUUCCCAUGUUGCUGCACCCUAGAUCAGUAGGAUAUCUAGAGUUGAAGGAUCGGAAUCCUUUUAGCUAUCCACGGAUGUUCGGCAAUUAUUUGACCCACCCACUUGACGUAGCCAAUCUGAUCGCUGCAGUUCGGCACGUGCAGGCUUUAGCUGCUACUCCACCAUUCCAGCGCUUCGGUGCUAAGUUGCACAGAGCGAACUUCCCAACGUGUCAGGGAAUCACUUACGACUCUGAUGAGUACUGGGAAUGUGCUUUUCGUAGCCUGACUAUAACUCUGCAUCAUCAGAUAGCAACCUGCCGGAUGGGCCCAGUAGGGGACCCACUGGCAGUUGUUGAUCCAGAACUGCGAGUUCACGGUUUUAAAAAUCUACGUGUAAUUGAUUCUAGUGUAAUUCCUCGGACUAUAUCGGCGCAUACGCAUGCCCCUGCAGUAAUGAUCGGGGAAAAAGGUGCAGAUAUGAUUAAGGCUACUUGGAACUAGACAAAUUUAUAAUAAUUAACAAUAAGUAUUUUAUGUAAGCAUAACCAAAAAUAUGUUACAAUUAUAUUUAUUCUACUUUUA